AUGGAGGCAUCGGUGGCCACCCUUUCUGCAUCUAACGCUCUCUCGGAUAUUAUCGAUGUCGACGCGCUCGACGACUCUAUCUUCACCAUCACAGGCUUCCGCUCGCGGCAUCCUCGCGGCCUCUCCGAUUCUCUGGCAACAGAUGGACUUGCAUACCUUGGCUUUAGGAGAGCUCCCAACCCUCGGCGCUCGCAAACCACCAGUGGCGCUCGUGCGGGCCCCUCUACACGUCUAAGGGAUGAGGACGUUAUCGUCCUGAAUAGUGACGACGACGACGCAGCACCUAGUACCUCACGAGCUGGCCGAGGGCAUACAGGUUCCCAUGCGCGACUACGGUCGCCACCUCCCCCACGGCCAGUAAGAGGCUACACUCCAGAUGUUCCGACCAUCCCUUCAGACCGAGAACUGUCUCGCCGCCGCCGCCGCCACCUACAUUCACCUAUUGCCGUUCCUCCCAGCAUUCGCCCCAGUGAACAACCCAUGCCUUUUGAGAACCGUAUAGGUUCUCUCCCACGGUUGCCUCCCCGAGGCGCGGCGCCCGCUUUCGCACCCGCAGCACGCUCGCAUCACCAACCCGCUAUGGGAUUCGGCGGUGCAAUGAUCGCGCUCAAUCGCCAACACGCGGCCGAGGAAGCUCAGCGCCGAGAGCAUGAAGAAACGCAAGGCUUCUUCACCUCCUUCUCCGAUAUCUUCAGGCGCCUCCAGAACUACAGAUCGAGGCUCGCCACUCCUGACGGUCCUCAGGGCUGGGGACGUUACAUGCCAUGGGCGUACGACACCGCCGAGCCCACACUCGACCCCGAGUUCGACAUGAACGACGAUUGGCUCCGCGGCUUCCCUGCGCCACCUUCGUUGGGCAACCACCACCAACAGGAGAAAGCCCACUACCGACCGGAGUACACACACCCUAUGAAAGCCGCACCCGGUUUCACACACGAUUUCGCGCCCGUGGACGACUCCCCCGCUGCCGCCUCGCCUGGUACGAUCGUGAUCGACGACAACGAAGCGGGACCAAGCAACGCCGGGAGUUCGUCGUCCUCCGUGACCGCGGUGGAGACGACGCUCGUCUGCGCGCGAUGCCUCGAUCCCCUGGUCCUCGCGCCGCCCACCAGCGCGAGCGAAGACGUCCGGAAACGGACACGGGUCUGGGCGCUCCGGUGCGGACACAUGUUCGACGGGAAGUGCAUGGAGGCGAUAAUGGCGCCUCCUCAAGCCCCCGAGGAUGACGCGCUUCUCAGCUCGGCGUCGGCGUCGGCGUCGGGCAGCGCGAAGGGCAAGGGCAAAGCUCAGGACGACUGGUCGAGCUCGGACGAGACUGGGUCGACGUCGGACGCGAAGGGCAAGCGCAAGGCUGCCGGACCCCCGGCGGGCGACGCGCCGCCGCGCAAGCGUCACGAGGCGUCGUACGUGCCAGAGGACUCGAGCCUGGUUCCCUCCGUGCCGGAGGAGGGCGGCAUGCGCUCGCGGCUGCGGUCACACAGGCGGCCCGGCGUGGGGGACGCCGCGACUUCGGCUUCGCGAAGCGGUCCUGCUCCGGUGGCGGAGUCGGCAGCAACGCCUACGCAGACCGCGCGGGGUCCACGGAAGGCACGCGGGUCAAGGGGGAAGGGCAAGGGGCGCGCGAAGGCGCCAGCAGGCCCGGUAUACGAGGCGGAGCACGAGUGGAGGUGCCCGGUGGCUGGUUGCAACCACGCGCAUAUCUCUGUGCUCAUGGAGGGCGAAUGGCUGAACGACGCGACCCGGGGUGGGAUCGCGUUGUUCGUGUAA